UUUUUUGUUGUUGGGUUUUUGGCAUUUGGUUUGAUAAUGCCAAUAGAAGGUGUUUCCAUGGUGGAGGAACCUGUUUUAUGUAGUUCACCACUAGGGUCCAGCCCAACCUCCCCUAAGAGUAGGAUUAAAUUUCUGUGUAGCCAGGGAGGAAAAAUUCUUCCUCAACCAGCUGAUGGCCACCUCAAGUAUGUCGGUGGCGAGACACGUGUUAUCUCUGUUCCUCGGGACAUUAAACUUUCAGAACUGAUGAAGAAGCUAACUCCUCAAAUUGAAGGUGAUAUGGUUCUGAAAUAUCAACUAGUACACGAGGAGCUUGAUGCCUUGAUCUCGGUUAAAACAGAUGAGGAUCUACGCCACAUGUUAGACGAAUAUGAUCGUUCUGAGAGUGCAGGGAUCCCCAGACUUCGUGCCUUUCUGUUCCCAGCAAAGCCCGUUGUGGUGGAUCACCACACAACGCCACCAGAACCUCUAGAACAACGAUACAUCGAUGCUAUUAAUGGUAUAAUACGUGCAAGAGAUCAAGCAGGGAUUAGGAUACAACAACCUCUAAGCAUAAGUCAGGCCUCUUUUGGGUUUUCCUCUGCUUGUUCUUCACCAAGAUCUCCUGACAGUUGCACUACUGAUGGUGUUAUUCAUGAGUCAUUGCUACAAAGUAUUUUUCAAAAUAGAAGUCAAUUGCACAAAGUUCAGAGUUCCCCUAGCUUUUACAAUGUCAGUAACCAGCAGCAACAUGGGUUACAUCAUAACUUGCACCAACAGCAUCACUAUUACAACCAUAGACAACAAUACUACAAUGGUUACCAGUUAAACAAACCUCCUCAUGGUCCUGGUGAUCCAGUCAAAGGGCCAGACAGGUUGUUUUCUGUUAGGUCUGUUGGUCGAACUGAAGGGUUAAGGUAUCAAAUGGAUCAUAACCAACAUUACUAUCAAUCACCCUCGAGGCACAGCCGUGGUGGUGGCUGUUGUAUAAAAUGUACGCAUUUUGAUGACUAUGAAAGGAGAAAUGGAAGUAUAUCGCCGAGCAGUUACUCUAUGGAAAUUGGAAAUGGUUGUGCUUCUCCAGGAGGUUAUUCUGUGGAAAGAAGAACCAGUAGUCUUUCUCCCAGUCCCAUACCACUAAGCCCUCGCUUCUCCAAUAUGGCUGGUUUAGGGGAUACUUAAAAA